AACUUUUUAUAUAUUCCUCCCUAACCAAACGCUGCCUUCUCUCCUCAUCACACUACUUACAAAGUCCCAACCAAACCAUAUCCAUAAUCAACCAAAAGCAAAAAUGAACUCCAUGACUAAAAUUCUCUUCACCAUCUUUCUUCUCACUGCUGCAGCUUCACUCUGUCACUCGAUCCGACCCGGUUCCGAUAAAGACUCCUACGGUGAGCUCAAGCACUCGAAGGGAACCCCUUCAAACCAGAACAACAACAAAGGUGGCGGUGGUGGUGGUGGUGGUGGGAACACCGGUAAUAUUCCAGGUGGCUUCUUCGGACCCGGACCCGCCUUCAACAUACCCGGCUUCGGAAACGGCUACGGCAGCGGGAUCAUAGGUGGCGGGUACGGAUCCGGGUUUGGUGGUCCGAGUGGAGGCCGCUCCAGAAAUGGGGUGGUCAGGCCCACUGUGGUGUGCAAAGAUAAGGGUCCCUGUUACCAAAAGAAGCUGACCUGUCCAGCUAAGUGUUUCACCUCCUAUAGCCGGUCAGGGAAGGGCUACGGCGGUGGAGGCGGCGGCGGCGGCUGCACCAUGGAUUGCAAGAAGAAGUGUGUUGCUUAUUGUUAGAAGGAUAUAAGCUCCGGUGUGACGGAGCCGGUAGACGGUAAUGGCUGGUUUCAAUACUAUAACAUACAGUUUAAUGUGAUGCAGUUUUUAGUAGAUCAUAAUAUAUAUAUAUAUGAUAUGUAAUAUUAUACAAUAUAGUAUUGUAUAAGUUGUGGUGUGUAAGAGUUUUUAUGACUCUGAGAGACUUUUUAAUUAUCUGCUUACUAUAGAUUUGGUUCUUCA